AUGGCUGAACCAGGCUUCUCUGCGGCGCUGCUGCUGCUCCUGCUGGGCUUCCUCUCGGUGUCCUCCGUUGCCGCCGGUGAGUUUACCACAGACACCCUGCUGUCAGCUCCACUCAAUGUGACGAUCAGAGAGCUCGAGGUCAACUCUGCCGUGGUCACGUGGGAGAUCCUGGAGGGAGACCCUGUGAUUGGAUUCGCCAUCACCCAACAGAAGAAGGACGUACGCAUGCUGAGGUUCAUCCAGGAAGUCAACACCACCACGCGCUCCUGUGCAUUGUGGGAUCUGGACGAGGACACGGAGUACAUAGUCCACGUGCAGAGCAUCAGCAUGGGGGGCAGCAGCCCUCCCAGCGAGCCGGUCCUCUUCAGAACGCCCAAAGAGUCGGAGAAGAUGGCCUCCAAGAGCCCGGAUGAGGUGACGAUGGAGGAGUUUGGUCAGGCUGCCCAGUUGAGGGCUGGAGAACUCAUCAUCAUCGUGGUGGUGCUCAUCAUGUGGGCAGGGGUGAUCGCCCUGUUCUGUCGCCAGUACGACAUUAUCAAAGACAACGAGCCCAACAACAACAAGGACAAAGCCAAGAACUCCUCAGAGUGCAGUACUCCAGAGCACCCACAGGGGGGGCUACUGCGCAGCAACGUCUAA